AUGGCGCCUCAACCACAGUCUUCCCCGCCUCCAAUCCCUCCUCCAGUCCCUGUUGAAACUCAUCCCAACAGGGCUGGAGGGUUAAAGCCGCCGCUGCCACAACGAGUCCCGCCGGAUCCGACACGUCUCGCUCCGGAGCAUGCCUAUGCGCACUCCCAACCGCGGUUCUGGCAAGAUAGCUCAGCUCCUUUAAGACCGAUUGAUGGCGUUGUCGCGACACCCGCCGCUGUUGCUGCUCUCCGGCCGCCGCCUGCAGUUCCUGGCAGUGAACCCAAAAGAAUUGAUGCUCGCAAGUUCCGAGAUGGACGGCGAAAGAAGCGCAAAGGGGUUUGGAAGAAACUUCUAUGGGUUCGCCAGUCAUAUCCGGAUAAUUAUACCGACGUGGAAACCUUUCUUGACCAUUUGCAACGAAACCCACGCCUUAGGCCGUACGAUUUUUGGCCGUUAGUUGCCGACUCCACAGUUAUUGUUCAACAUGUCUGCUCCGUGGUAAUAUUCGUCUGCUGCUUCGUGGGGAUUUUUCAGAACAGGGUUAGCCCUGUCUCCGUCGUGGGCUGCGGUAGUAUAGGCACAGUGUUGGGUUGGAUAUUGUGGGAUUGGUGGGUGUGCAAGGAGCAAAACGAGGCCCUCAAAGCGGCGCAGUUUACAGAUGGCAACGAAGUUGACGAUGGAUCAAGUGCCAGCUCUACAGCAUCCCAAACACCGGCUGCCGGGGUCCAGGCGAAUGGGCAUGCAGAUAAUAAUGUUCAUGGUCUGGGAUUGAAUCUUCCACCUUCAGGUUCUGAAGUCAAUCUGCGACGCAGAAGCACUGGGUUGAGUGCGGCGUCAUUACAAUCAGUCAAUCCAAUCCAUCCAAGCAUGUCAGCAGCAGCGUCAUUCUAUUCAUAUAACGAAGACACCAAAUCCGUAUUCUCGGCGCGAAAUCGACAGCGACUUGCAACAAUAAAAUCCGCUGUUCUCAUCUAUUGCGCCCUGCUUGGGUUGAGUCCUAUCUUGAAGUCCCUCACAAAGUCCACCGCUAGCGAUUCUAUUUGGGCAUUGAGCUGUUGGCUUAUGAUAAUAAAUAUUUUCUCAUUCGACUACGGCAGCGACGAGGGCAAAGCUGACGCUACUAAAUUCCCUGCAUCGCUGUCCACAAAUGCCGCACUGAUGGCAUCGACAGUGCUAGCGUCGCGUCUCCCUUCGACUACACAUGUCUUCAGUCUUACACUCUUCUCCAUAGAAGUGUUCGGCUUAUUCCCCGUUUUCCGCAGACAGUUGCGUCAUGUAUCAUGGACGGGCCAUGUUCUAUUAACUUUUGGUCUCGUCCUUGCAGCGGGCGCAGGCGCCGGUAUUGCACUGCGCGGCGGCUGGGCUGCAGCAACUGUUGGUGCAAUUCUGAGUACUAUUCUCACUGCUUUGGCGAUGGGAUCCUGUAGCUGGUGGCUUAUCAGUCUGCAGAAAUAUAAGAAUGUUGUUAUCGGACCGUGGGAUCCUGCGAGACCUAUCAUCCGUGGGAAUUGGGAUUUGAGUUGA